AUGCCAAUCAUCUGUUGUCCAUUUCCCCGCCGGCUCAGGGUCAAAUCUGCUGUCAUUGAAGACAAACAGCAUGCUACACGCGCGCGAUUCUCUCCCCAACCAACCCUCGGGUCGCUCAUUUACACUCGGGGGAAUCCGAUCGUGACUGAAGCUGCGCAGCCGUCUGAACGUGUUCAGGAACGCCCCACUCUGCAAGAAGCUGCCGGUCCCACCACUGUCAUUCCCGUCGAGCCUUCAGAGCUGGCAGAACUUGUGGUGGAAGACUCUGAUACCGACGACGAGCGCCAGCCAAAUGCCCGUAGAAAGAGCACUGGACCACUGGAGCUUGUUAAGACUCGUAUAUGCCGUCACCUUUCUCAGGGGUCGCCGUCACGAGACAAGAAUCGGUAUUCGGCGCCACUGAGUGAAGAGGAGAUUGAGAGGCGUGCUGAGCUCAAACGGUUGAGGGAUCGCCGGAUCCAGGAAGAACUCCGCGGCGAAGAACAAGGACUAUCCAACGGGAGCAUUUCUCCAAAACACCAUCAACAAGCCAAUGGCAUCCUUCCGGGUAAUAUCUCUGCCCGUGGACCACGGGAUGACAUUGAGUUUUCUGUUACACGCAAGAGCUCGAGAACGAAUACUGUGAACCUCGCUCCCUCUGUCAGAAGCGGUCCUUGCUCACCAAGCAAAGAGAAGAGCGGAACAGAUUGUUGCACUAAACGCAACGGGGAUGGCAUCCAAAGAGAUUCUCUUGACAACUGCCAGCCCAGUCACCGUUUUCUACAACAGCCCUUAACUUCCAUACCGCCCUCUCCAGACCUGCAGCCUGCGCUCUCACCUUCCAGUUCUUUGGCUUCCUGGCGGUUGUCAUACAAUGCCGAGCGGCUUGAGGAGUACAUCCGGGGCCCUCAAGGAAGCCCUGUCGCCGAAAAUGUUCCCGGAACGGUAUCGACAGCUACGCCGCCAGUACACGGUCCUCACAGAGCCGGGGCGGAUACACCGCCGCAAAUCUCCUGUGUUCCUGACGACCUUCAUCCGAAUUUUUCUCCAGAUGUCAAGAGAUCACGCACAGGAGACAGUUCGCCCAUGAAACUUUGGCUUCGUAGCCAAGGCCUUGACUUAUCUGUUCCUUCAACGGCUGUGACAUACACCGAUCCGGAUCUCGACCAGGAUACCGACUUACAGCAAGCCCAAGUUGUUUAUUUGAAGAGACCGAAUUCUACACCACACCCGGCCGUUGUACCGGAGACAGAUACUCGUCGUUACGGUGUAAUUCACCUUCAAGAUAUGGAAAUUCAUGAAUGGCUUGCCACCAAUUCUUUGAACACUCCGCAAUAUUCCCCUUCUCCCUCUCAGUCAAUGAGAGAGAACCAGAGGCACAACGUAGCAGGACAGCAGGAUUCCGGUGCUGACUCAACAGAGCCCCCAACUGACCAAUCAGGUCUUCAAGCCCAGGAGCAGGUGGAAGAAAGAGCUGCUUCUUCCUUCUACCCUUCUGGCGCAGCCAGCACUCACUUGAUCCAGAGUCCAAACACAUCAGCUAUGAAUAUUCCAAGCCCCCAGGCUUAUCAAGAGUUUUCUUCGUUUGAUUUUAAGGCGCCCAAAUCUGAGACUCAAAAGCCAGCAUCUCCUUCAGGACCUGAUGGGAGACUACCUGACCAGAGAAUCAACACUGUUGAAAGAAGCAUCAGCUACCGUCAUCUUGAUGACGGGACUCCUGAUCUGGUGGUUCAUGACUUCCCUAGAUCCGCUGACAGUCCGGCCCCUCCAAGGGUGUCACGGAAGCCUUCUUUAUUGGCCAAACUCCAUUUGACCAUUCCUCGACGGAGGACCAAGAAUGUCACGCAUAUCUAUGAUGGUUCUGGUCCAACAGAGCAAUCGGGGAUGUCGGCAACUAGUCUUCCUAUAUUCCGCCCACUGUUGACUGCUACCCAUGCUGCUCCGCAAGAAGCAACACAGCUCAGGUCAAUCGCCGACACACUCACUGCUAUUCCCGGGCAGGAGCAAAAUGGUGGCGGCUUGGUCAGAAAGCCACUCACAGAGAAGUUUCCUGGAGUCGUCAAGCUGGGUCUGGGGAAACUCGUCUCAACGAAAGCCAUGUCUCUCAAAACAAUUCCUAAGAUAGCUGAGCAAGAUGCGAAAAGUGAUGACAAGGACAUAAACAUCGUAGUUCCAGCUAUGAUCCUCGAACCCAAGUUUCCAAACGGCAACCAGCUCACGAGCAGCAACAUGAUACAGUCAGUUGAUGUGAACGAAGCCACUCUACCACUUAUCCUGCAAAACAUGGAAGGCCGUGACAGCAGAGUCUCUCUCACCGCUCGCAUGGCCGCAUUGCUCAGCACUGAUGGCUCAUCUCCUGACCAACUUCAGGAAGUACAGUCCAGUUCAUCGUCCGCCGGCACGCUUGUCCUUGCUACGGCUGAACGGGUUCAGUCAGAGAUGAACAUAACCAGUCCAGCUCGCGCCCACAGAGAAGAGUCCUCUGCUACAACAACUACCACUGCCACAAACAAUUUCGUUACACCCAUGAGUUCCAUGCGCCAUAGCAACAACGACUCGUCGUAUCAUUCCUACCCGGAUCGGAGCACGCCUACUCCACGUGAAGAGCAAGCUGUGGCUGGGGAGGGCCAGCCCGAAGGCGAUGUCAGAUCUGGAACAGGCAAGGAUGUUGACGAGGAGGGAAGAGAGACUGAGAGUGAGAUGAACUCUCCUUCUAUCAGGAGUGACACAGCUAUCGACAUGGUGAAAGCUGGUGUCCGUCGUCGGGCUCAGGGGCUCGAAGCGCCUAUCUCAUUUUCUGUCCCUGAUGCUUUGGGGAUGGAGGUUGUUCAUUGA